ACAUAUUGUUCGCUAAAAUAGCAAAGUUAACCAAUAAUUAACUAACUUGAGACAAAUACUUUACCUAAAACGAGUGUUCUGUAUUUAAAAAUACAACAUAAAGCGGAACACAAAUUAAAUAGGGAGGCAGACUUUUGUUGCGACACAAGGUAAGGGUGAAAGUUGAAGGGUAUGUUGUCAACAUGGCAUCUGGCAUUAGUGCAAAGCAUGGAUUAUUAACCACAAAAUAUUCGGUGUUUAACUCACUCCAAAGAAAGAUAUUGCCACACGCUAUUUGCAUUCAACGACCUACAGAAGUGAAAUGUCUACGAGCUUCAACAAACUCUACUAUAGAGUCGCAGCACAACGAAAAAUACUGUAUCGAUAUUGUGAGGUCUCGGGACUAUGACGGUUUUGUGUCCUCCCUGCUUCUCCCUGAGGAUGCCCGGCGCUCCUCACUGGCCCUGAGGGCCUUCAAUGUCGAGCUGGCUCAGGUGAAGGACUCUGUUUCCCAGAAGACUAUAGGUCUGAUGCGGAUGCAGUUCUGGAAGACUACAGUGGAGGAGAUCUACAGGGACGACCCCCCAGUGCAGCCUGUCAGUGCAGAACUAUGGAGGGCGGUGAAGAAACACUACCUGACAAAGAGGUGGAUGCUUAGGAUAAUCUCUGAGAGAGAGAAAGACAUGGAAGACAGAGCUUAUAGAAACCUCCAGGAGUUGGAGGCCUAUUCAGACAAUACCCAGUCCUCACUACUGUACCUUCUUCUGGAGAGUUUAGGUGUGAAAGAUGUCCAUGCUGAUCAUGCUGCCAGCCACAUUGGUAAGGCCCAGGGGAUCGUGAUGUGCCUAAGAGCCACGCCUUACAACAGCAGCAGACGCAAAGUCUACCUACCUAUGGACAUCUGCAUGCUGCACAGAGCCUCCCAGGAGGACUUCAUCCGAGGAAGCCGGGAACAGAAUGUGAGAGACGUGGUAUAUGACAUUGCCAGCCAAGCCCACGUACACCUAAAACACGCCAGAUCUUUCAGCAAGAACAUACCAGCUUCUGCUUUCCCUGCCUUCCUCCAAACGGUGGUGCUGGAGGACUACCUUCAAAGGGUGCAGCGUGUAGACUUUGAUGUGUUCCAUCCCAGCCUACAGAAAAGAAACCCACUGAUCCCCAUCCAGCUUUAUAUUCGCUCCUGGAAGAAGACCUAUUGACCUGUAUGGUGGGACCUUAUCGUUUGCCCUAUUGUAAUUUAUACCAGGUUUAAACAUCUGAUUUCCCAAAGUCCCGCUCUCGUAUGUUGGUUUCUAAGUAGACCAAUCUACAACAGUGGAUUACAAGAGACUCCUCCAUCUAUGAUGUCAUCACUCCUCAGAAAAGGAUUCUGAUCUAAACCAGUUCACCUGUGUUAUUCCCUGUUGUAGACUAGACAGCUGAGGACCACAGACAGAGAUUAUUGUAAAGCAAUAACUACAGUACUGGAGACUGAACUGAUGCCCUGAUAUAUUGAAUAUUUUCAGUAAUAAAUCGUGUAGCCAUGUU